UUAGGGUUAACGGGGUUAACCCUAAUCCAAAGUUGUCCUUAACGGUAUUAAUUAGUAUCUUGUUCUAUGAUCAGUAUCUAUGUCCUUAACUUAUGAGUUUUAAGGAUGACGGGUGCAAAUAAAAGGCGGGUAGUCAAGGAUAAUUAAAUAUGGUUAUCAGCAGCUAAAGAUGACAAACUGAUUUCACACAGUGAUAGUUAAGUGAGCAUUCCGAAUACACAAUUUUUCUGCCUUUGGUAGUCAAGUAUCACUUGGAAUAGCAGUGUUAUCCCAAUUUCUCCUGAAACAAACAUCAGACAAAUCCCGACAUGAAUGCGAAGGCUUCGAUUGCAGUGUUCACUGUAUUGUUAGGAUGCAUGCUGAAUAAUGUGUUUCUCGAGUACAUAGUUAAAUUGGAUCCAGGCGCGGGUCAUUUAAUCACAUUUCUUCAGUUUGCUUUUAUUGCUAUACAUGGCUUCAUAUUUACGUCCAAAUUUGGACAACUUGUUCCCAAAGUGCCCUUUAAGGAGUACAUGACGUUGGUGGCAUUUUUUUUCGUCACGAGUGUUGUUAAUAAUUGGGCAUUUGCAUUCAAUAUACCCGUACCACUCCAUUUCAUUUUUAGGGCAGGUUCUCUGAUUGCCAACCUGAUAAUGUCUGUUUUAAUAUUAAAAAAAUCGUAUACCUGGGACAAAUAUCUAUCUGUUCUAAUGAUAACUGCUGGCAUAAUAAUUUGUACAUUUUACUCAUCCAAAGACGUUGAGAUCUGCCAUGACUGUGAUAUUAAGGGAAAUAUAGCAGCUAAUAUUGGUUUCGAAAAUGAAGCAGUUGAUGCGAGUAAAUUUUUUUGGUGGGUGGUAGGUAUUUUACUAUUAACAAGUUCAUUACUACUGUCGGCUCGAAUGGGGAUCUACCAGGAAACGCUCUAUAAGAAGUAUGGAAAGCACCCUGAAGAAGCCUUAUAUUAUACGCAUUUAUAUUCACUUCCUGGAUUUCUGCUAUAUUCCGGCAGCAUAUGGAACCAUUCGAUAGUAGCAUCCAACAGUGAUCCGUACCAGAUACCAUUUACUAGCAUCGUAAUAUCAGUAAUUUGGUUAUAUUUAAUUUUAAAUGUGCUGACUCAAUAUCUUUGCAUUAGCUCUGUUUAUGUAUUGACUGCUGAAUGUACCUCCUUAACUGUCACUUUAGUAAUUACCCUACGGAAGUUUUUGUCAUUGGUUUUCAGUAUCGUUUAUUUUCAAAAUCCAUUCACUACAGCGCAUUGGAUUGGAACAGCUUUAGUAUUUGGGGGUACUCUUAUAUUUACUGAGGUUCCGAAAAGAAUAUUAGAAAGCAGAAAACAAGUUAAAGAAAGUAUUAAGAAAGCUAAUUGAUAGAUUAUUUUUGUUGGUUUAGUAAAUAUGUUCAGUCAAAGGUCUUGUUUUAUGCAUAGACGUUAUAUGUUAUUUGUUCAAAAGGGCAUUUUUAGUUAAUACCUCAUAGUUCUUUAGUGAUUAGUUAGUUAGAUUAAUAAUAAUUAUAGCAGAUUAAUAUAUUCCUGGUGUAUACGACCGACUCAGUUUCAGGUUUUAUUAUAGCAAAUUAAAAUGAAUUCUGAAGUUUUGAGUAGCA